AUGGGUGAUGACAAAAUUUGCGUUAUUUGCAAUGAUGGAUUUACUGGUAGAAUCAUUCAGUAUGUUUCGUGUGUGGAAUGCAAGGGUCCUAUUCAUGUUUCCUGCAUUCCUGGUAACAAACGGGGAAAAGUUCUUUCAAAAGCAACUUAUGUACUUAUGAACAAGAACAACGAGACUUUUGACUUUCAGUGUGCAAAAUGCCCUACUGUUGUGCCUCAAGUCGAACUCAUGGCUCAGGCCGCACAAGUGGUGAAAAAUGCGCGAACAUUCAAACUUACUUUAGGGCCGUUACACUCAAGCCCAAAUAAAAACCUCCAUGCACGACCAACUACGCAUUCUACUGACGUCAUACCAUUUACUCCAAUCCUUGGAAUGGAUGGAAUGGAUGGAAUUUGCCUUCCUAUGAUAACGCCUCAGAUUGAAUUAGCCAAUGCAUUGGCAGGGCUUCCGAUUAUAUCAACAAGUUCUGCUGCUGAUGGCUAUUCAGAAAAAAAUGCGUCAAGUGCUCCUCAUGAUAUCCAGAUGAUAUCAAUAAGUUCUGCUGCUGAUGGCAACUCAGAAAUAAAUGCGUUAAGUGCUCAUAUGGAAAAGACUAGCUUCUUUGCCAGGCCUGUUGCUACUCAGGAAUCGAGUCUGCCGUCCUUGCCUGUUCAGGAACGAUCAAGAUCAGGUGAUCGAUCUCACAGAGGAAAUGGUUUACGAAAAUGGCACAUUGAGCCAGCAGAAGGCAAAAGACUACGCCCUAUGCUGAUCGACGACACUGAUCGUGGUCUCGGAAUUCGCAACACGAGAAAAAAUGGAACUGUCAUGUGGCGCUGCAACUACCGGCCAAAUAAAAAUCCUUGUCGUGGACUAGUUUCCCAGAUUGGAGAUAAAUUUGCGGAGCAUCACCCGCAUUCGUGCAAGGCAAAGUCCCACCAUAAAGUCAACAUGGUUCUUGCUGCCGAAGCCAAAAAGCAUGCCUUAUCUCAUAUUAACGAACCUGCCCUAAAAGUCGUUGAGCCCAUGGUUGUUAAGGCCCUUGAUGAUAACCCAAAUUGGAACCCAAUUAACCCCACAACGUUAGCUAGGGCUGUAAAUCGGGUAAAAGCAAAGCUCACUGCUAAAAACCCAACUGAUCUUUUUUUUCAAAUCAAAAUGGACUUAAUGCCCACUUCGUUUUUUAAAGGAGAAGUUGUAGUUGGUUCUAAACGUCAUUUAAUUUUCAUGACUGACGAACAACUAGCGCUUUUGAAAACUGCCGUUCGAUGGUAUGCCGACGGAACCUUUAAAAUCAUAAACUUCCCUUUCACUCAACUAUUUUCCCUCCAUGGGUUUCUAAAAAAGAAUGGGCAGUUAAAGCAGGUUCCACUUUGUUUUGUGUUUAUGUCGGGAAGGACUCAAAGAGAUUACCGCAAGGUUUUCGAAAAGAUUCUGGAAUUGUUGGGUGGUGAAUGUGCUGUGAAGGAGUUUGUUACAGACUUUGAACGAGCAAUUUGGAGGGGGGUGAAGGAAACGCUUCCUGAGGUUAAUAUUAUUGGGUGUGGCUUCCACUGGUGUCAGGCUGUAUUUAGAAAUCUAAAAAAGAUUGGCCUUGUUGGAUUGUAUAGAAGUAACGCAAAUGUACAUAAAUAUCUAAAAAGAUUCCUAAGCUUACACCUGAUACCAAUGGAAAAAAUUCCCAGAAUGUUUGAAUACCUCGAAAAGAAGAUUAUUUCUCUUUGGGAGACGGAUGAGGAAUUAAAAAAGAAGAAAACACAACUAGCACUAGUCAAAAAAUUUGUUUCCUAUAUGCGUGCCAAUUGGAUCGUAAGUAAAGUCUGGCCCCCUGCAAAAUGGUGUGUUUUCAACCAGCCAAUCCGCACUAACAACGACGCAGAGGGUUGGCAUAAUCGCAUCAAUUGCCACAAUAAGGAUAAAAUGAAUUUUUACUCACUGGUACCCAUACUUUAUCAGGAGUCCAAAUUAAUUCCCCUCUAUAAGAAAUUACUAUGCGGAAACAAACUAAUUAAGCGCACACUGAAACUAACCGAUUCUGUAAACAAAAAAUUGUUUGUGUUGUGGAAUUCCUACCCUGAACAGAUUAAUGGAAAACAACUUCUAAAAGCUGUUUCUGAAGUGUAUGCCGAAUCAAAUGUGUUAAAUGAAGCUAUGUGUUUGGACGAUGAAAAAGAUGAUGUGAGUGAAUGA